AAAUAGCACCAGGCGGUUACCUUCAGGUGACUAAAUGAGGCUUCAUCUCAGCACACAAGCUUAGAAAGCUUUACGAUCAGUCCAGCUUGCUAUGGUGAGGAAAUAGCACGAAAAAGAGUACAGAUGGAAGUCGACUUCAUCAAAAUAUCCAGUCAAUUUCCAAACAGACAUUGCAAAUGGAUAUAAACAAGCUGAACAUAACCUUGCUUCGGAUCUUCCGUCAAGGAGUGGCUGCAGCUUUAGGACUCUUACCUCAACAAGUGCACAUCAAUCGCCUCAUUGCAAAGAAGAACAGUAUUGAACUGUUUGUGUCUCCCAUAAACCGUAAAACAGGAAUUUCUGAUGCUCUGCCCUCUGAGGAAGUUCUUCGUUCACUUAAUAUCAAUGUUUUGCAUCAAAGUUUAUCCCAAUUUGGAAUUACAGACGUCUCUCCUGAGAAAAAUGUUUUACAAGGGCAGCAUGAAGCGGACAAAAUCUGGAGCAAAGAAGGAUUUUAUGCUGUUGUCAUUUUUCUCAGCAUCUUUGUUAUUAUAGUAACGUGUUUGAUGAUUCUUUACAGAUUAAAAGAAAGGUUUCAGCUUUCUUUAAGACAAGAUAAAGAGAAAAACCAGGAGAUCCACCUAUCGCCCAUCACAUUACAGCCAGCACUGUCUGAGGCAAAGACAGCCCACAGCAUGGUCCAACCUGAGCAGGCCCCAAAGGUACUGAAUGUAGUCGUGGACCCUCAAGGCCAAGGUGCUCCUGAGAUCAAAGCUACCACCGCUACCUCUGUCUGCCCUUCUCCUUUCAAAAUGAAGCCCAUAGGACUUCAGGAGAGACGAGGGUCCAACGUGUCUCUUACAUUGGACAUGAGUAGCUUGGGGAACAUCGAACCCUUUGUGGCUAUACCAACCCCACGGGAGAAGGUAGCAAUGGAGUACCUGCAGUCAGCCAGCCGAAUUCUCACAAGGUCACAGCUGAGGGACGUCGUGGCAAGUUCACAUUUACUUCAAAGUGAAUUCAUGGAAAUACCAAUGAACUUUGUGGAUCCCAAAGAAAUUGAUAUUCCGCGUCAUGGAAGUAAAAAUCGCUAUAAGACCAUUUUGCCAAAUCCCCUCAGCAGAGUGUGUUUAAGACCAAAAAAUGUAACCGAUUCAUUGAGCACCUACAUUAAUGCUAAUUAUAUUAGGGGCUACAGCGGCAAGGAGAAAGCAUUCAUUGCCACGCAGGGCCCCAUGAUCAACACCGUGGAUGAUUUCUGGCAGAUGGUUUGGCAGGAAGACAGCCCUGUGAUUGUUAUGAUCACAAAACUCAAAGAAAAAAAUGAGAAAUGUGUGCUGUACUGGCCGGAAAAGAGAGGGAUAUACGGGAAAGUGGAGGUUCUGGUUAUCAGUGUAAAUGAAUGUGAUAACUACACCAUUCGAAACCUUGUCUUAAAGCAAGGAAGUCACACCCAACAUGUGAAGCAUUACUGGUACACCUCAUGGCCCGAUCACAAGACUCCAGACAGUGCCCAGCCCCUCCUACAGCUCAUGCUGGAUGUAGAAGAAGACAGACUUGCUUCCCAGGGCCGAGGGCCUGUGGUUGUCCACUGCAGUGCAGGAAUAGGUAGAACGGGGUGUUUUAUUGCUACAUCCAUUGGCUGUCGACAGUUGAAAGAAGAAGGAGUCGUGGAUGCACUAAGCAUUGUCUGCCAGCUUCGUAUGGAUAGAGGUGGAAUGGUGCAAACCAGUGAGCAGUAUGAAUUUGUGCACCACGCUCUGUGCCUGUAUGAGAGCAGACUUUCAGCAGAGACUGUCCAGUGAGUCACUGAAGACUGGUCAGACCAUCCAUCUCUUGGGGUGAUUAAUCAAAUUACUCACCCAAGGCUUCUAGAAGGGGCUUCCUGCAAUGGAGGGAAGGAGAAGCUCUGAAGCCAACGUAUGGUAUGGAUGUGGAAGACUGGGCAACAUAUUAAAGAUUGCCAGCUCCUUAUGUACAUGAAUGCAUUCGUAAGCAUCCCCCAAAUUAUUUUGAAGGUUUUUUGAUGGUGAAGGUAUGAUAGGUUUCUUACACAGCCUAAGGCAGAUUUUGUUUUCUCUGUACUGACUCUAUCUGCCACACAGAAUGUAUGUAUUUAAUAUUCAGUGAUAUAUGUCAUCAGGUGAUGACUGGAUGAGCUGCUGAAGACAUUCGUAUUAUGUGUUAGAUGCUUUAAUGUUUGCAAAAUCUGUCUUGUGAAUGGACUGUCAGCUGUUAAACUGUUCCCGUUUUUAAGUGCUAUUACCUUUCUCAGUUACAAGAAUCUUGCUGCUAAAGUUGCAAGUGAUUGAUAAUGGAUUUUUAACAAAAUAAGUCUUUGUUUUUGAAAAACAAAAAUCAAAAGCAGUAACUAUUUUAUAUGGAAAUGUGUCUUGAUAAUAUUACCUAUUAAACGUGUAUUUAUAGUACCUCCUAUCAAACAAUUACAGAGCACAAUGAUUGUCAUUGGGUAUAUAUGUAUUUACUCUCCAUUAUUGGGCAUAGAGGUGGCUUCUGCUCCAGAACUCUAUCCACUAUAUUUCUAUACCGUGAGUCAUUUUACUUUCAAAGGAAAAAUUUGUAGCAACUAUGAAGUAUCAAGAAUUUUAAAUACUUGUCUCUCUUUUGCUAAGAAGGGAUUUUUGAACAUGCUGUCUACCUGGAAUCUCUCUCUCAACAAAAGGCAUAUGCCUCCAGGAAUGAUAUAACCUGUCCCAUUUUCAGAAGUUCCUUAUAAGGACAUUUCCAUGUACGUCCUUAACAUUUCUGAAAGGUUUCAAUCUUCAAGAAGCAAAAAAAAAUUUAACAACCCACAGCAAACACUAGCUGUUCUGCUUAAAUAAGAAUUUUUAAUGCAGCAAUGUUGACUUUGUUUCAUACUGCCAAUAAACUCUUAAUACUAACGACUGA